AUGAAACUUUCAAAAUUAUCGAUCUUAACAUCCGCUUUAGCCACGACCGCGUUUGCCGCUCCCGCCGUCGUUACUGUGACCGAACAUGCCCAUAAUGCUGCUGUCGUCACCGUGCAAGGCGUCGUUUACGUCGAGAACGGCCAAACUCUCACGACUUACAAAACAUUUGCUCCUGCUUCUGCCGCUAAACCAACUUCUACAGCCACUGCAGUGAUAGCUCCCCCCAUCGCUUCUGCUUCUGCUUCUGCUUCCGGGUCCAGUGGUUCUAAUGCGGCCUUGUCUGCUUUGCAGGACCUAGCCAACGUCUGGGGUAAGACUACCGAUUCGACCACCACGUUGACGCCAUCCACAUCUCCAUCGCAAUCGCAGCCUCAAGCUACUGCCACUGCUUCACCUGCUGUAACCGCCACGACUUCCCAAGCCGCUGCCACCUCCGCAUCUGCUUCAGAUGACGAAUUGUCAGACUUUGCCUCUUCUGUCCUGGCUGAACAUAACAAGAAGAGAGCCUUGCAUAAGGACACUCCAGCUCUGACCUGGUCCAACACUUUGGCCACCUACGCUCAGGACUAUGCUGACAACUACGACUGUUCAGGUACUUUGACUCAUUCCGGUGGUCCAUACGGUGAAAAUUUGGCCCUAGGCUACGAUGGCACAAGCGCUGUUGAUGCCUGGUACAACGAAAUUUCCAGCUACGAUUUCUCGAAUCCAGGUUUUUCAGGCAACACGGGCCACUUUACUCAAGUUGUCUGGAAGUCUACUACGCAAGUCGGUUGUGGGAUCAAAACCUGUGGCGGUGCGUGGGGUGACUAUGUCAUCUGUAGUUACGACCCUGCAGGAAACUACGAAGGUGAAUACGCUGACAACGUCGAACCCCUAGCUUGA